AUGGCGGCUCCUUGUUAUUGUUCAUGGCGUUUUAUGACUUGUCCCUUUAUAUUGCCGAUUAUGACGAGUAUUUGUGUGAUUUAUACGACACACCGUGUCCAGUGGAUGGAUUAAUUAUCCUACUUAGUUAUUAUUGGUUAAUAUAAAUUGAAAGGUUCUGUGAUUUAAUGAGAUCUGUGAGCGAUUAAUCCCACACGAAAUUGGAAAGAAAUGGGGCAAUACAUAAAUUAAUUCCACGACCUGGCGUGAAGUUUAGAUCUGUCGGCUUGUUCUCUGUGAACAAGUACUUUACCAGGCAAAAGACACUUUUUAUACCCUGAGACCUUAUCAGGCUCUUUGGGUAGUAAUGUAAUUAAUGAUUGUCAUGGCGGCAGAUAGUGAUGGUGAUUUGAUAGAGACAGUGGUGACCUGUAAAGGUGAUUUAACAGAUCCUGAGUUUCCAAGUAAAUUCAAAAUCAUUGUUGAUCGUUUAAAGUGUUUGCUAUCUAAAGAAAAAGGCGAAGAAUUAAAAGUAAAUAAAGUUGAACCAUGGAAUUCCGUAAGAGUAACAUUUUCAAUACCUAGAGAAGCAGCUCUACGUCUUCGUGAGUUAGCAAACGAAGGAUCACCAACGCUUACACAGCUUGGUAUUUUAUCUGUUCAAGUGGAAGGGGAUCAAGUGAUAUCUUUGAGAAUAGCCAGCAGAUUUGGUGAAGAAACUCAAGAAAUUGUUUUACAUUCAGGAGGAUCACAAGAAGAAAAUAAGUCUCGAAGUGACAUAAAUGUUGGAGUAUCGUCAAGUUGUAGUAAUAGUAGUAGUGGUAGUAGUAGUAGUGAUGUUUUGACAUCGACACCUGGCCCUAGUAAUUCUAGUAAUAUUUCAUCGACGAUUCGUGAUGUAGCUCAAUUACUUGGAGCUGAAGGAUCAUGUGAAAAGACACCACAAUUUCGAUCACCGAACGUAGUUGCACCUACAGACUGUGAUCCAAUUCCAGCAUUUCUUACGAAAUCCGUUCAGUCAUCUAGUGGUAGCAGUAAUAUUGUUGGCAAUCAAUCAACAAAUAAUUCAAAUGUAUCACCUCGAAAUAAUUACAAUGGACCAUUCCCUUUUGCAAGUAUGACUCAUGCAGCACAAGCAAUUCAUAAUAGAGAGUCACAAAGUAUUACAAUAAAAACUACAUCGUUUAAGCAUCAUACUCAACCACCACCACCUUAUCCUGCUCAAGAGGCUUUAACACCAUCUCACGGAUUGACACCUGGUCAUACAACUCAAUCAAAUAUUCCACCUAAUCAAGUUGUUAGUCAAUAUAAGGCAAUUCCUUCAACGUCCAGUACCUCCAGUAAUCUUGCUGGAACUUCUAAUAGCAAUCAAGUUGCUCUUUCCAGUCCCCUUUUGGUAAAUUUACUUCAAAAUGAUGGAGCAUCACAUUCAAAUCAUGUGAUAUCGGGACAAAAAGUGCAACCACCUACUGUUGUUGAUUCUGCGUUAAAUCGUAUGAAACCUACAAAGAAACCAACAGUACGUAGGAAAGAAAUACCAAUCACGAGUGAAUCACCACCUAAUCUUGAUUCGUUAAGACCUGAAGAUUUAAUUGGUGGUUCAGCUAGUACUGUUAGUAAUCUUGUUCAAAAUACUGGGCCUUCAGCUUUUGCUACGGUCAAUGUUAAUCAACCAUUAACGUUAUCACAACAAAAUGUUAGUACAUCAAUGCCAGCACCUCAAAGUCACCAGGUACCAGUGGCUAAUCAAAUUUCCCAACAAAAUCAGACGGUACAUACUCAAGUACAAAUCCAACAAAAAUUCCCUAUAAGGCAGGAAAUAGCGUACCGGCCAAAUCAAAUAGUCCAUAAUCAAGUAACUGUAAGAAAUCCGAUAAAUGGACAACAAGUUAGAACUUCCCAUCAGCAAAGACAGCAAUUACUUCUUCAACAACAGCAACAGCAAAUUAUAGUUCAACAAAAUAUUGUAAGUAAUCAAGGUCAAAUAAUGCAACAAUCAGGAAAUACAGUUUCUCAGCAAAUAAUUCAGUCACAAAAUACUUCGACUCUCCAGUCCGUCCCAAUAAGUAAUCCUCAGAUAAUUUCUCAACAACAAAUCAUUCAACAACAGCAGCAACAGCAACAGGUAGGAAUAAAUAUUGCUCAGCAACGCCUUGGAUAUUUACAUAAUAAUCCACGACAAUCGACUCCACCACCUUAUCCAAAACAGUCGACAACAACUACGAUGACAACUCAAGUGACAACACAACAUCAACAACAACAAGGACAAACUUUAAAUGUUCAACAACAGUUGCAUCAUAAUCAAUUGAAAACUAUAAAUGUUAAUACUAGUGCAACAAAUGAUUUUCGUUAUGGUCAAAGUCAAAAUAUUCUUAGUAGAAAUUAUUCUACAACUGCAACCACAAGCGCCAAUGGGACCACUUGGAAUCCACAGAAUUGUUCCAUUUCACAGGGUGCUCAAGUUAAUUCUACGCAACGUCUGGCAUCGCUUAUAAGUCAGACUCCAGCUCUAGGUGCCUUUUCACAGGGUGUUACACGUGUAAAUCAUGUUACUACCCCAACCACAACUACCGCUAAUACAAAUACAAAUACUAAUUUAAAUGUUCAAGAAUUAUCCGAAUCAACCACAGUUAAUGAAAAUAUCACAGAACCUGAACCAGAGUAUACAUCAACUGGAAAAAUAAGACAGUUUUUAAUUAAUCCUUUAACUGGCCAUUUAGAACCAAUGCCAAGUGAAAGCUCAGAUUCUGAACCAGAAAGUGCUGUUGAUAAUCAAGAUGACUUUUUUUCUUUUCCUUCUCCAUCCAAUGACCGCUCGAAUUCUAUUUUUUCGGAUGAUGAUGGAGAUAGUAAUAUUUCACGUAAAAAUGAUACGACUACAAAUACAGAUCAAUCAGAUUCUGAAGCUACUGGUAAGUCAACCGGUAGUGAAGGAAGUUUAAAACAUGGAAGAGUAAAAUCGGCGAGAGAUAGUCCAAUGCCAGGAGAAAAAAUUAAAUUAAGAUUGAAAUUAGAGAAAUCAGAACCAGUGACACCAGCUUAUAAAGUCGAUGUCUCUUUUGUUAACACUCCACCAAUAAGGAAAGCUGAUAAGUCUGUUAAUAAAAUAUUUACGGGUAUAGCUACUAAUUCUGGAGGAAGUGGUGAUGAACCUAAAGUUCCUCCUCUCCAUAUUUCAUUACGAGGUAGAAAUGCAUCAGUUGUACAGAUCCGUAAAAAGGAAAAGAAGUCUCUAAGAGAAGAAGAUGAUGCAGCAAAUAUCAAAAGACGGGGAAAAUUAAAAAAAAUUAAGGAAUCAACUGAUGGCAAUAAAUUAUUGCAAAAAAAAUCUUUAAAUAUGAUUAUUGGAAGUGCUUCUAAUACGAAGUUGCCUUUAAUUAAUUCUACAACCGUUAAUACUGCUACUACAAUUACCAAAAUAAAUAAUUCACUUACAACCAUUGUAACGAAGCCCAACAUACAAAAACAAGAUAGUAUUGUUGAUUCUUCACCACGAUUACAAAGUACUGGUAAUAAACCAAGUUCUAGCAAAAGCAAUGAUGUUGAUGAUAUUCCAUUAAAUAGCAGGAUACCUUCACCUCUGAAGCAUAAAACAAUCAUCUCUCAAUCUUCGAAUUCUCAAGUGCUAAAUAAAAGUCAAACUGAUGUUGAAAUCCAAAAACAUACGAAUGAACAUAAAAUUGGUGGAGGAAAAACAAAAAGAAGAGAUUCAAGAAAAAAAAUAGAUACGAAUGAAGGUCCACAUAGGGAACAAAAUUUAUUGUCAGGUGGCAGAAUUUUAGACAAUCAAACUAAAUGGAAAAAACUUGCAUACAAAGGUGAAACUGGACAGUCAGUUAAGAAGACUGAAGUACCUGCUAAUGAUGCUGGAACAGUUAAGAAAGUUGGAGAAAUUAGAAGGACAAGUGACAGUGAUGUUAACAGAUCUGUAGUUGAAAAGGGGAAUAUUAUAAAUGAUGUUACUUCCAAAGUUUCUGAAGUUAAUGGAAUUAAAAAAGAACUUAUUAAUCAAGAAAAAAGAAGACGUUUGAGUUUAAUUGAAGAAAAAGACUUUCAUACAAUUGAAUCUCAUAAUACAGAAGUUAUUCAUACAUCUUCAGAUACUUCUAUCAAUGUUUCUGGAAUGUCAAAGUUAACUUCAAACACUUCAUUUGAUAGCAAUACUUCAGUAACAAAAAGUAUGAAUUUACCAUUAUCGAGUUCUACUCACUCAAUAAAUAAACGUGAUGGAAAACCUUCUGGACAAUAUGAAAUGACAGUAAAAACAGUGCAGUUAGGGAAUAAAAUGGUUCCAGGGAAAAGUAAAGGAGAAAUGGAGAUAAAAAAUGAUGCUAUGAAUGUAAAAAAUCAGAGUGUACUUCAAAAAGUAAAAAAUCAUACUUUAAUGAAAAAUGAGUCUCCCGUAACGUUAAAUAAACAUAAAAUAGAUCAUUUGAGUCAUAAAAAGAUAACGCAAAAUAAUAUGAUCAAAUUUACAGAAAGAACUGCUGUUACACCAGCAAAAAUUGAACAUAAAAUAAGUUUAUUAAAAACUCCAGUACAAAAUUUAACAGUUUGUACUACUGAAUCAGUUUUGAGGUCAUCAAAUUCUGAUUUAUCUAUAAAUAAACAACAACAGCAAAAUCUUCCAAUAACUGAAACUACAAUUGUUAUGGUGGAAAGAGAGACUAAAGCAAAACCAAAGCUACCAGACAAUGCUGUUCUACCGAUUGGAAUAAUUGACACUAAUACUGAGAGGGUGGGAAACGUAGGUAACAGUGGAACUGCUGGUGAAGAUUCUGGUAUUGAGUCGAUGGAUGCGCUCUCCGAAAAAUCACCUAAUCAAGGUGAAUCUCCUCUUCAUAGACCAGUGUCAAAUGAUCAAUCAACUGGUCAAAGUUCUGUUGGAUCAAAAAAUCCAAUUCAAAAUGAACCAACUUCUACCAUUGAUAAGAACGUGCCUUCCUCCACUAACAGUAAUGAUAUGUGUUCAAAUUCGCAAGUUUUAAAAUCCCGUGAUCCAAAGACUUUGAGUCCUAUAUCUGUUGCGAAUUAUCUUGAUAACCAAUUGAAACAAGAAACUAAUCAUAGUGAACCUGGUGAUUCCAAUGUGAUGAGUGAACAAUCUGUUGUAUUGAAUUCUACGACUAUUGAUCAUAAUGAUAGACUAUCUGCAAAUAUUGAAAAUGUUAAUAAUCCUGAAAAUAAAGUUAAUCCCCCAAGUCCACUUGCAAUGAAUAUUGUUACUACUUCUGAAACUAAUAAUGACAUUGGUGAUGAUCGUUUAUUGCAAUGUACUCCGUCACGAGUUAUUGACUCAAUUAUUGAAAAAAAUUGUACUGAAAACAGUGAAAAGACAAUCGAGGUUACACAUGAUAACAUAAAUGAAGAAAUAGUCAAAAAUAAUUCUAUAGUUAGUAAUGAACAUAUGCCUUCGCAAAAUAAAGAAGAUGAUGUUUAUCAAAAUAAUAAUGUAACGGCAAAGAAAAAAGAAGAUUCAGAAAUGAAAAAAAUUCCGAGGCUUGAAAGUCCAAUUUUAACUGAAACUAAAUCAGAAUUACUUUCUGAUAUUAACGUUAAUGAAACACUUAAUGCUGAAAAAAAUCUUGAAAUUAAAGUUGAAGUUGAACUGGAUGAUACAAGGCAACUGGAUAGUAUAUCGUUACCGAGUAAGGUAGAAUCGCCAUCGAAAGUAGAGGUUGAAUCAAAAACUCAAGUUGUACAACGACUUAUAACUAAAAAAGAUACAUCAAUAGGGCAAAAAAUAGAAGAAUCAAAGAAAAUUGAAACAGAGAGUUUACCAUCACCGUUAGGUGAUGAUCCACAACCUAUUAGAAUAACACCACCUCUAUAUACAUAUUCAAAUCCUGUUGUUCUCCAGCGAGAUGAUACGCCAAGUCCUGCAGCGCAAAAUAUUGAAGUAGAAUCAACUGAAAUUGAUCACAUGAAAAGAAAAAGAAGAAGAAAGCAAGAAUUAGAGGGACGUCAAGAUGUGAUUUGUAUCGAAGAGAACGAAGAACAUUUUGUGGAAAGACUGAAUCCAAUAAAUUCAGAGGAUUAUGUUAAACGACCACCAAAAUCAUUACUUGAACAAUUGCUUAUUGAGAUCCCUAAUGAUAAUAGUGAAAAGCGAUCUCUACGCACACGUUCACAAAAACUUAAUAGUCCGGAUAUUAUAAAAACACCGAAAAGCAGCCCUCAUGGUGCAACAGGACCUGCAAGAGUUGAAGAACGACGAAGUAUAUCGCCUUUCGCAAAAGCCAGUCCGAAAUUGGGUCUAUCAAAAUUAUCUCCUAACACUGGAGCUGGAUUAAAAGUUGGAAAAAGAAAAAGACAAGAGAGUGAAAGUUCUGUGGCUUCUGGGACUGCUGAAGAGACACAACCUAGGCCAGGAAAACGAAAAUGUUCCGAAAAUGCAGCUGAACUAAUUAAAGCAUGCAUGGGUGUGGAAGAAAGUAGUCAUAUAAAAAAACAAAUGCAUAGUAAGGAUGAACAAUCGAAGAAAGGAUUUAACAUAUUGGCCAAAGGCAAGAAAGGUCCAAUUCUAGUUGAUGUAGAAUCAUCAGAUGAUGAACCUCUUAUUGAAAUUUCUGGUAAAGGACGUAUCCGCUUAGCUGAAGAAUCAACAGCUUCGCCCAAACUAAAAGAUCCAAAAACAACUUUGAAUACUCCUGUCACUGGAGGCCAAUUACAUUCGAGCAAUGUGUCAAAUUUUAAUGUAAAUAGUCGAGUACAAAGGGAGAGUAGAUUAUUAACGACAAAGCAACCUGGAAAUGUAAAUUCAUUAUCUGUGGGUAAAGAAAGACUACGAGGUACAUCUGUAUCCAGUAAUGAAUCUGUUGGUGAAGUAACUACUCGAAGAUCUGUAAGACAAAGUGCAGUUUCGCCCCUCACUACGCCUGCAAGUAAUACAAGAGGUGCCUCACGAUCUUUGGAAGAUGUUAAUAGAAGAAAAACUCGAAGUGGUACUGUGACAACCGAGACAGCUGAACAGGCUAAACGAAGAAGGAUAUCUCGAGAAAAUAAAUGACCUUCGGGAAGUGACCUUGACAGUGAUUAGCUAACGUUGCUCGUCAAGGCCCUCAUUAUGUGGUUAUUUGUCUAAAGUUACCGGUCAUUAGAUUACCAUAUGACUGGAUCCCACCCGACAAAUCCUAUACACGUUAAAUAGCGCACAAUUAAAAUGCUCUGUCAGUUUUCAGAGGUAUCAGAAGUAAAAUACAUACUCGUUAUUCAUGAUCUCAUCCUCAAUUUAAUAUCAAUGCAUUUAAUGCAUACCAAUAAAUGAGCUUUAAGCUCACAAUUAAUCAAAUUGUUCUAAUUAUCGAUCAUUUAUUUUAUUUCUGAUUAUCUUUGACAGUUUAGUUACUUAGAUUUAAUCAAAUUAAAUUAUUAUUUGAUUAAUAAAUAAAUUAAUACUAUAUCUUUAUAAAUUUUGUACAUAAACUGAGUAACUAAACUAUCCCGAUUAACAGUUUAAUAUUACCGAAUUAUUGAAU